UGGGUCUCUGUCUGUGUCUGUGUGUGUGUGUGUGUGUGUGUGUGUGUGUUAGAAUAGAGGAAGUGAUCAAGUGGCACAGCUUUAACACACGCCACUGUUCUGUCAGUCAGUCAGUCAUUAGAGGGACAGGAUGGAGCUCAGUCCACUCUCUGUGAUGCUCUUGCUGAUUUCACUUAUACCAGUGGCCCAGGCUCAAGGGAGUCCUAAAACUGUGGUGUCCAUAACGCCUGAUACACAUGUGUUCAUUGGAGAGAGUGUUACUCUCAGAUGUGACAUACAGGGAGGAGGAGACACUCAGGGGACUUACAGCUGGAAGAAAAAUAAUAAAGUAGUCUCAGAGGGAGGAGGGAAACCCUACACAAUGCAGGUGUUCAGAAUCCAGUCUGUUAAAGUCUCUGACAGUGGUACCUACACCUGCAGUAUAAAUGGGAGUGACUCUCAGAGCUCAGAGAUCAGUGAUGCUGUUAAACUGACUGUAUCAGCAAAACCCAAACCGACUGUGAGAGUGACUCCUCAGAGCUCCGUCUACACUGGAGACACCGUCACUCUGAGCUGUGAGCUGCAGCAGGGGACUGGAUGGGGGUUUCAGUGGUACAAAAAAAAUCAGUUACAAGCAGAAAUACUUAAUAUGACAGUCAAUAAUGCAGGAGAAACAGAGUACCAGUGUCGUGCAUCUAGGCUGAACUUCGACUACGGUGAGACUCACUCCUACUACACAGACGUCAGUGAUCCUGUUAAGAUUACAGUGAGAGGAAAACCCAAAGCGACUGUGAGAGUGAAUCCUCAGAGCUCCGUCUACACUGGAGACACCGUCACUCUGAGCUGUGAGCUGCAGCAGGAGACUGGAUGGAAGUUUCAGUGGUACAAAAAUAAUCAGUUACAGAAUCUGAACAGUGAACAAGAGAACACACUUAAUGUGACAGUCGAUAAUGCAGGAGAAAUAGAGUACCGGUGUCGGGCAAACAGGAUAAACAACAACAACUACUACUUCACAGAGUUCAGUGAUCCUGUCAAGAUUACAGUGAGAGCAAAACCCAAAGCGACUGUGAGAGUGAAUCCUCAGAGCUCCGUCUACACUGGAGACACCGUCACUCUGAGCUGUGAGCUGCAGCAGGGGACUGGAUGGGAGUUUCAGUGGUACAGAAAUAAUCAGUUACAGAAUCUGAGCAGUGAACAAGAGAACACACUUAAAGUGACAGUCGAUAAUGCAGGAGAAACAGAGUACAAGUGUCGGGCAAACAGGAUAAACAACAACUACUACUACUUCACAGAGUUCAGUGAUCCUGUCAAGAUUACAGUGAGAGGUAUGUCAUGACUUUUUCCUCUACUC